UGGAGGGAUUGCAUUCUUUUGCCCUAGUCCAGCCUGGGAGAAAUCAGAAUAGAUUCUGGGCUGCUUAGCCCUGGGGACAGCUUGAGCUGGGACUGGGGUGAGGGCUCCUGGGGGCUUCCUGAGACACUGCGUCUUUUGUGCCUUCUCCCUGCUGCCAAUACCCCCACACACAUUGCUGCUGUGACUCUAAGGCCCUUUGUCUCUCACUGCUUAGUCACUUACUCACCCCCUUUGUCUUCAUCUCAGAUGGGGUGGAAAGGGGCAGUAAGAGCCCUCUGGGGAUAGCUCCUCUUGCCCCUGCCUCUGCUUGUCUCCCAUCCCUUGUCUGACUCCUCCAGUCCUAGCACCCUCAACUUAGGAUCAGGGCAUGUGAUGGGUCUGAGAGCUUUGGAGAGGGGGGUGGCACAGGAAGUGAUAGGCACCAGGGCAGGUGUUAGUGACCUGAGCAGGAAGGGAGGGGAGAGGAUGUAUUAGGCGGAUAUGAGGUAGGGGACAGGAGGUGACAAGGCAGAGAGUGAAUAGGGGGAUAGGGGGAGCUGGUCCACCUCUGUCAGGGGAAGAGACUGCUGACUGCACUCUCCUUCCUGGGGAUUUCCUGGGGAAAUGAGUGGCCAUGGGGUGGGGUGAGCAGAAAUUGCCCCUACUUCUGAAGCCUUGGAAACCCUGGUGGCACAGUAGUUAAGUGCUAGGCUGCAAACCAAAGGGUCAGCAGUUCAAAUCCACCAGGUUCUCCUUGGAAACUCUAUGGGGCAGUUCUACUCUGUCCUAUAGGGUCGCUAUGAGUCGGAGUCGACUCCAUGGCACUGGGUUUUUUUUUUUUUUUUUUUUGGUUUUUCUGAAGCCUUUUACUGGCUUGUCUUGAGGGUCAGCUGCAAGACCUCUUUUCUGAGUCCCUUCAGCCGAGAACCAAGGGAAUAAUUUGGCUCCCUUUCUCUAACACUUCCACAGGCAUUGGGUUCCCGUUUCUCCCAGGACUCUGAUUUCCCUGUAUAUACAAUAACGCUGCCUCCAUCCUCUCUCUGUCCGUGGGGAAUGAGAAAUAAAGAUUACUAGAUAUUUCCAGAGAGACUGGGUUCUUAUGGCAAGGCAGGGCCAGGGGAGGGAGCCAGGUAGAGAUGUCCUCAGGUUGACACUGGCUGCACCUGGGUUCCUGAGACCAAGUCCUCCCUGUGCUGGGGGCCUGGGGCUGGCUGACUGGAGGCCGGAGGCAGAUUUAGGGCAGUUGAGAGUAGGUAGGAGCUGGGCCAAGAGUCUAGGGGAAGCUACUGGGAGCUGGGCCAGGGAAAGGGGAGUCAGGAAGUGGGGGGCCAUGGGGGAACUGGAGGCGGAAUGGCUGACUGUUUGGAGAUUUGAAGGAGGGCGGGUAGUGGUAACUCAGGAAGGGGAGCCUGAGGGAGAGCAGGGAUGUUAGAGACUAGGAGGUGCCACCCUGGAUCCUCCUCCUAUGGAAGGAAAAGUCAUUAGCCCCUCCUGCCUUGUCAUCUGCCCCCUCCUUGUCCAGACUCAUCCCACCUUCGGGCAAUAAACUCCCUGAUCUUUGUCUCCCUGACUCCCCCGUCCUCCCUGUUCAGUCCCAUUCUGAACCUUGCCAAGGCUCCCCCACCUCCAUUCUUUGUCUCCCUUCUAUGACUUCCUUACCUAUUCCCCACCCUCCUUCCCCAGUGGCUUGCUGAGCCCCAUCAGCCCAGGAAACCAGCUUCUAGGGGCAGAGGGUAGCAUGAGGAAGCCCUGAGAAAGGGAAGGUCACACCAGGUUAGACAGCGGGAGCAGAAUUCCCCCAGGACCAUAGUCCUUUCUGUGCGUGUUAGCCAGGCCCUUUCCCCAACUUCUAACCCUCCUGGGAAUCUGUCCCACCAAAAAGGGAAAGAGACAGCUGAGAGCCGUUUGUAGGGUUUGGGAAAAGGCUAUGUCAUCAGCUGGCCCACUGCCUAUGACCCAUCCGGUUGCUAGAGAUUCCCCCCUCCCACCUCCCUAGGCAAGUCCCUUUUUUUCUUUUUUUUUUAAGGAAAACAAAAACUAGGAUUUUGGGAAGCAAUGAGACACCCAUCUGAGUCCCACCAUAAAGCUCCCGGCUGAGUGGCUUACAGCUCAGCCAAUCGCAGAGGCUCAAGGUGCUUAAAGGAGCUGGCGCGGAGAGAGGCUGGGGAGAACCCACGGGGAGACCCACAGACACAUAGACACGGGAGAGACAGAGGAGGAGAGAGACAGAAGCAAAGGCACGGCGGAAGGAGGCAGAGACAGAAAGGGCAGGCACAGAGACGAAGCCAGACAGAGUCUUACAGAGGGAGAGGCCAGAGAAGCUGCAGAAGACACAGGCAGGCAGACAAAGAUCCUGGAGUUUGGAGAAGCCAGACCACUGGAGACCUCCCCUCAGCCUAGCAGCCAAGUCUUCUCCAUCUCUUCUGAAGGUCCCCAGCCCCUCUGAAAACUUUGCCUCUGACCUGAGCAGGAGUCCAAGCCCCCCAGGCUGCAGAAAGGAGCUUUCCAAAGCCAGGGUGUGGAGGGCUGGGUGCCCCAGACACCUCACUCCCUCCCAGCUGCAGUACCAGUGCCAUGUCCUGGAUGGGGCUUCCCAGGAGGGGCUUGGAGGGGCGCUGGUCAUGGACAGUCCAACCCAGCUUGCUGCUCCCCACGGUGCCCCUCUCCGGGCUGGGACAGACGCUGCUGCCGCUGCUGCUGCUGGCCUCCCUCCUGCCCUCAGCCUGGCCAGUCAGCCCCCUUCCCCGGGAGGAGGAGAUUGUGUUUCCAGAGAAGCUCAACAGCAGCAUCCUCCCUGGCUCGGGCGCCCCUGCCAGGCUGGUGUACCGCUUGCCGGCCUUUGGGGAGAUGCUGCUACUAGAGCUGGAGCAGGACCCUGGUGUGCGGGUGGAGGGGUUGACGGUGCAAUACUUGGGCCAAGCGCCUGAGCUGCUGGGCGGAGCUGAGCCGGGCACCUACCUGACUGGCACUAUCAACGGAGACCCGGAGUCAGUGGCAUCUCUGCACUGGGAUGGGGGAGCCCUGUUAGGGGUGUUGCAGUACCGGGGAUCUGAACUCCACCUCCAGCCCCUGGAGGGGGGCACCCCUAACUCUGCUGGGGGGCCUGGGGCUCAUGUCCUACGACGGAAGCAUCCUGCCAGUGGCCAGGGCCCCAUGUGCAACGUCAAGGCUCCUCCAGGGAGCCCCAGCCCCAGCCCCCGAAGAGCCAAGCGCUUCGCUUCACUGAGUAGAUUCGUGGAGACCCUGGUUGUGGCAGACGACAAGAUGGCAGCAUUUCACGGGGCAGGGCUGAAACGCUACCUGCUGACGGUUAUGGCGGCAGCUGCCAAGGCCUUCAAGCACCCGAGUAUCCGCAACCCUGUCAGCUUGGUGGUGACUCGGUUAGUGAUACUGGGGCCAGGCGAGGAGGGGCCCCAGGUGGGACCCAACGCCGCCCAGACCCUGCGCAGCUUCUGUGCCUGGCAGCGGGGCCUCAACACCCCUGAAGACUCAGACCCUGAGCACUUUGACACAGCCAUUCUGUUUACCCGUCAGGACCUGUGUGGAGUCUCCACUUGUGACACUCUGGGCAUGGCUGAUGUGGGCACUGUGUGUGACCCAGCUCGGAGCUGUGCCAUUGUGGAGGAUGACGGGCUCCAGUCGGCCUUCACUGCUGCCCAUGAACUGGGCCACGUCUUCAACAUGCUGCAUGACAACUCGAAGCCGUGUGUUGGUCUGAAUGGGCCUGGGAGCACCUCGCGCCAUGUGAUGGCUCCUGUGAUGGCUCACGUGGACCCUGAGGAGCCCUGGUCCCCCUGCAGUGCCCGCUUCAUCACUGACUUCCUGGACAAUGGCUAUGGGCACUGUCUCUUAGACAAGCCAGAAGCUCCCCUGCAUCUGCCUGCGACUUUCCCUGGCAAGGACUAUGAUGCUGACCGCCAGUGCCAGCUGACCUUUGGGCCCGACUCACGCCAUUGUCCACAGCUGCCACCACCCUGUGCUGCCCUCUGGUGCUCUGGCCAUCUCAAUGGUCACGCCAUGUGCCAGACCAAGCAUUCACCCUGGGCUGAUGGCACCCCCUGCGGUCCGGCUCAGGCCUGCAUGGGUGGCCGCUGCCUCCAUGUGGACCAGCUCCAGGACUUCAAUAUCCCUCAGGCUGGUGGCUGGGGUCCCUGGGGGCCAUGGGGUGACUGUUCUCGGAGCUGUGGAGGUGGUGUCCAGUUCUCCUCCCGCGACUGCACACGACCCAUCCCUCGCAAUGGUGGCAAGUACUGUGAGGGUCGCCGCACCCGCUUCCGUUCCUGCAACACCCAGGACUGCCCAGCUGGUUCAGCAUUGACCUUCCGUGAGGAGCAGUGUGCUGCCUACAACCACCGCACUGACCUCUUCAAGAGCUUCCCAGGGCCCAUGGACUGGGUCCCUCGCUACACAGGGGUGGCUGCCCGGGACCAGUGCAAACUCACCUGCCAGGCCCGGGCACUGGGCUACUACUAUGUGCUGGAGCCACGGGUGGUAGAUGGGACCCCCUGUUCCCCGGAGAGCUCCUCAGUCUGUGUCCAGGGCCGCUGCAUCCAUGCCGGCUGUGACCGCGUCAUUGGCUCCAAAAAGAAGUUUGACAAGUGCAUGGUGUGCGGUGGGGACGGCUCAGGCUGCAGCAAGCAAUCUGGCUCCUUCAGAAAAUUCAGGUAUGGCUACAACGACGUGGUCACUAUCCCCGCGGGAGCCACCCACAUCCUUGUCCGGCAGCAGGGGACCCCUGGCCUCCGGAGCAUCUACCUGGCCCUGAAGCUCCCAGAUGGCUCCUAUGCCCUCAAUGGUGAAUACACGCUGAUGCCCUCCGCCACAGACGUGGUGCUGCCUGGGGCAGUCAGCCUGCGCUACAGUGGGGCCACAGCAGCCUCGGAGACACUGUCAGGCCAUGGGCCGCUGACCCAACCCUUGACGCUGCAGGCCCUGGUGGCCGGCAACCCCCAGAACGCACGCCUCCGAUACAGCUUCUUCGUGCCCAGGCCGGCCCCUCCGACGGUGCGCUCCCCUCCCCAGGACUGGGUGCACCGCAAGGCCCAGAUCCUGGAGAUCCUCCGAAGACGCCCCUGGGUGGGCAGGAAAUAACCUCACCAUCCCGGUUGCCCUUUCUGGGCACCGGGCCCUCGGACUCAGCUGGGUGAAAGAGGGGCUCCAACAGCUGCCUCAUGUGAAGACACAGUGGGGAGGGGCUGUGGAAUGACAGCCACCCGUCCUCUCUGCCCUAAUGUGCAGGCUGGCCCUGCCCUGGUGUCCUGCCCUGGGAGGCAGCGAUAGGUUGGUGGAUCUAAGGGGGCUGGGAGACAGUCCCCCAUCUAAACUGCCCCCUCUGCCCUGCUGGUCACAGGAGGGGGCAGAGGCAGGGUGGACCCCAGCUGUAUUUAUUUAGUAUUUAUUCACUUUUAUUUAGUAGCAGGGAAGGGGAUGAGGAUUAGGGUCCUAGGGAAACUGACCACACCCCUCAUAGCUCUCACCCUGGCUAGGAAAUCCAGGGUGGUGGUGAUAGGCGUUAAGUGUCUAUGUGUGUGUGUGUGUGACAGUGUGUGUAUGCGACAGAGUGUGUGCGUGACAGUGUGUGUGUGUGACAGUGUGUGUGCGUGACAGUGUGUGUGUGUGUGCACGAGCAUGUGUGCUUAUGUAUGAGGUACAUCCUGCCCUGCUUUCCUCUCCUUGAAUUUUCUUUUCUGGGAAAGGAAGAGUCCAGGGUAGGAUGGGCCUUCAGGGAGUAAGGGAUAUGAGUGCAUAUCUUUAAAAUAUACAUGGAAUUCAAUUAUUUAUGUGCUCCUUUGGUGCCAGACAGAUGUGGGCUGCACCCUGGCUCCACAUCUCUGAGAAUUAGUUUCCUCAUUUGUAGAUAAGAAAACCUCCCUUGGAAAUUUGUGAGGAGGAUUGAAUACUGUAAAUAAAGAACUAGCACAAUGCCUAGCACUAGGUAAGUGCUCAAUAAAUGGCAGCUGCUGUUAGUUUUUGGUAUUGUCUUUCUGUCCAUCUCCGCCCUCCAAUGCACUUGAAGGUGACAAAGAUCCAUAUCAAUGGUGUCUGCUCCCACGUCAGGUUGGCUGAACCUUAUCCUGAAUUCUUAGGAGCUAUCAGAGUCAGAAUUGACUCAAUGGCAAUGGAUUUGGUUUGGUUUUUUGGACCAGAGAAAGGAUGAUUCUGCCCCUCACCUCCGGAAGUUCCCAGUCACGUGGAGGAGACUUAGUAAGCACUUGGCUACAAGCACAACUCACAAGAACAUGAGGGUGCAAAAAUAACAAGAACGACUGUAUUAGCACAAAACAAGCGCUUAGUCAUGAGAGUGGUAGUGGGAGGAGGUAGGGAACUGUGGUAGAAAGAGCACCAGAGCAGGAACCUAUGGGUCUGAAUUUGAGUUGGGGCUCACCAUCUUGUUAGCUGGGCAGUGUUGGGUAAAUUACUGAUGCCAAGCCUUAGAUUGCUCGUACGUGGAAUGGGGCUAAUAAAAUAUCUGAUUGAGAAUAGAAUACUUAAAUAGUAAAGGUUGUACCCAUGUCAGAGGAUACCCUUACAACAACCGAAUGACUGGGACAAGGUUCCCAGAAUCAUCCGAUGUAAACCCAGUAGACUUCUUAGAAAAAGUGAAGUUAAAAUGCAAUUUAAUAAGAGGAACAGAACAUGGUUUGGUAGGGGACAGGAAGGAAGGCAGAAAGAAUGGCAUGGAGAAGCAUCAGCAGUGAGCGAGUGGGAGCCAGGUGUUCAGGGGUGGUGGAACACCUGAGAGGCAGAGGGAUACCAGAAAGAGCUCAACUUUUCCUUCUGAACAGGUGACUGCCUGAGAAAGGGCUUGGGUAGUCCCGUGUAUGUCACGGAGGGAGCAGGGAUGGGGAAGCGUUGGCAAGAUGAUGCUGCAAGAAUUUGAAGUUUCAAGUGGCAAUAAUGGGACUGUUAAGAAUUGGAGAAGAAACUAAAUAUGGGGGUGAGAGAGAAACUAUAGGUAGAGAAGACUCUGGGCUGGAAUUGGAAGAGGGAAGAUUGGGGAACUAAAGGUCUUUACUCUGCCAUAAGAAACCAUAGAUGGGCUGCCAAACAUUGCUUGGGAUCUGGAUUGGGACUAUGGGGUUGAGGCUGUGGUGGUUGUGGUAUUGUGGGUCCUCCACUCACUACAGCUGGGCUUUGCUGAUCAAGUUCUGUAGUAGUCAGUGCCUUACACAAUGGCCUGUGCUUUAUACUGCCUGGCACAGCGCCGACUCCUGCAGCAAAGGGACAGAGGCCGCCCACCCUCUCUUCUCUCUAGCAAACACGACUUCCAACACUGUGCUCUGGCCCUUCCUCGGGACUCCUACCAGCCAGGCUAGAGGAGGUAGAGGCAGGAGAGUGAGACAAGGCCAGAGUGUUCUUCAACUGUUUCACCUACUUAGCAAAAUUAGACCACCAAUAACAUGUUUAUGGACCAUAAUACUGUGGGCUAAUGGCACAAUGAGCAAAGCCUGUGCUAAGUAGACAUGAGGUGCAAACGCAAACAAUAUAUGACCACAUCCUAAAAGAGCUCACAGUGCAUUCCAGGGGAAGGUUAUGUACUACACCUCCACAAAGAGAAACAAUGGGCGAUACAAGGAACUGUGAGACAAGGACAAAAUGAACUGUGCAGAGGCUGAGUUCCAGACUUAAUGGACUGUGAGGGUUAAGGGGGAUGAGUCUUGGGCUGGGACACGAGGAACAGGUAGUCAUAAUAGCCCUUCUUUAGUGCUUAAGGUGAUUGACACUUUUCAAGUCUCUUUCACAUGUAUUAUUUUAAGAGGAAGCCCUUUGCUUACUGAGUAAGGUUCUAACUGGCAUAAAGGAGUUUUUUCCAAAAAGAGACUGAGCUUAUAAGUCACCUCUGUGAUUGGGCAUGUGGGGGGCAUAUAGGAGAAAGGGGGUAGAGAUUGCUAGAUCCUCAAGGAGAAGUGAUGGACAUCCUGGCCCUCAAUCCCAGGCAAGACAUGACCUCUUUCUGGAGUGGUCUCCCCAAACCACCCCUCCCAGACCCAGGCUACAGACUCUACCCGAUGUCUUGAAGCCAGGAGCCCAACAACUUCUUGCUGGGGAUGUAGGGGUGCAUAUCCCCCUGCAAGGCCAAGAGGAGCUCUGUCUCCUCAAUAUGCCUUCCUAGACCUGAGAUGGGAGCAGAAACAGGAAUAAGAGGAAGGAAGGAGGAGGCACUGACUGAGACAGCCCAAGUAUCUGGUCUGAGAGUGAGAGGAAGAACCAUGAGGAGCUGGAAAGAGAAGUGUCAGUGACUGCUGAAGGAGGGAGCGCCCUGUCCUGGAGAGGUUCAGCAGAUUUUGGACAACCAUUUUAUGGGAGGGCAAGUGUUGUGUGUGAGUGUGUUUGCGGUGGGGGGGGAAGGUUGAAGCAAUAACCGAGUUGGGCCAAUUUCUUUAAGCUUCUGCCUCUGAGAUUCUCCGCUUCUGUGGUUAGAGCACAGGAAAUCUGGGCAUUAUUCCAACCCCUAUUUUUGUGGUAGGGAUGGGAGAGCCACAAUUUCUAGGGGGUCCUGUGGAAUGGGCUACUAUUCAUUUAUACAUCUCCAUUUUUACCCCUACUUCUUUAAUCUCUAUACAGUAUUACAGUAUUUUUCCCCUAAAAUAUCAUAUUGACCAUUAAGUGACAAAACUAGCGUCUCACUGGUCUGGGCUUACAGGGGAGGAGGAGGAAGAAAGUGGAAUUCAAUGUAUUUGCAUUUUAUUGGCUAAGAGGAUGCUUCAGAACCAAUUGAAUCCCUUCCCUGUUGACUUGUUGCUGAGGGGGGAAGCCAAAAUCAUUGGCAGCAAGACUAGCCAGCUGACAGCUGGGGGAAACCACCAUUUCUAAAAAUGUUCUGAAAGAGGGGGAGUUAGGGAAGGUGGAAGAGGAACAAUACUGAACAACUUCCCCAGACAGGACCUUAUAUGGCGACAGGCCCAGAGGAUUUAAGUAGCCUUAGGAAGAAAACGGAGGGGAGGAACUAGAUUGAAAGCAUCCUUUACAGCCUUUAGGCAAUCAGUAGCAGGCCCCUCAAGCCCUGUAACAUAGAAGAACACAGUGACACAUUGACACACACGUCCAACUUCAUAGAAAUAUUUUAGCACGCUCUCUUGAUAAUGUAGAUGCAAAUGACCGUUGGGGAGCUGAAAAUACUUUUUGAGAAUUUUGACCUGAAAACGGAUCUGCCAAAAAGAGUAAAAUAUGUUAAUUGUCCUAAUCUCCUGUCGAGAACUGACUGUUGGUCUCAUUUUAUAUGUUCAAUAAAUAAGCCAUUGGGUUAUACACUGGAAUCAAAUCAUGCUCUCAACAGCAUCUGGUAGAGAAGAAAGGAAUGGAGUUUUGGGGUCAGAUGGAACCCAGGCUUUGCUACCUAUUACAUGUGAAGAUGUGACCUUAAAUUACUUGAUCUUUGUAAGCCUCAGUUUCCUUAACUGUAAACGGGGUUUGCUAUCUUCUGCCUUAUGGAGUGGUUGUCAGGAUUCACGCUUGGCACUCUGUCUGCAUUAUAGAAAGUGGUCAACACUUGCUGAUUCUCUUCUCCUUGCAUCUCUUCCUUUGCCUGCCCUCACUUCUCACCCCCGUAUUAUUAGCAUUUACACCAGUGCCGUUGAGUCAAUUCCGACUCAUAGCGACCCUAUAGGACAGAGUAGAAGUGCCCCAUACAGUUUCCAAGGAGCGUCUGGCAGAUUCAAACUGCUGACCCUUUGGUUAGCAGCCAUAGCACUUAACCAUUACACCACCAGGGUUCCCUUAUUAGCAUUAGAAGAAAAAUAUACCAGGAACUGUCUACAGAUCUCAGGUGAAGUAUUUUGUAGAGUUUGUGCCAAAAGGUCUAGGUUACACUCAGGGGUGAUAAAAGGAAAGACAUGGUCCCUGUCCCCAAAGAGUUUACAAUCUGGUGCUGAGAAGGUCACGCAGGACAAAAAUUCCAGGCCUGUAUGAUAGAUGCCAUGAAUAUAAUCAUGGAAGAGGCCUUGGAGAAGGUGUCUGCCUCCCCUUCUGGAAGGAAUCUGUGAAACUGCAGGGACCCUAUGGAGAGAGUAGAGUGGCAGGAACGGGAAAAAGGGUUUCUGUUCGCUAGGUCAGCUCGUAUAGUGACCCUACAGGACAGAGUAGAACUACCCCAUAGAGUUUCCAAGGAGCGCCUGGCGGAUUUGAACCCCCGACCUCUUGGUUAGCAGCCAUAGCACUUAACCACUAUGCAACCAGGGUUUCCAUUUGUUUUUGUUUUAGGUCAGCUCCAGGGCUCUCCUGUUAUUUUUGUACAUAUGGUUAUGCAAAAUCAAGGUGAAGUAAAGAGAACAAAUCUGAAACUGGAGGGUAAUACUGUAAAGAACUGAGCAGGGGAGAGACCUGGAAAAGCUAUGUGGGCUGAGGGGGGCUGGGAAAGAGUGUUUUGGAGAGAACUUGACAUCUACAUGGAAAAUGUUUGAGCCUACUGUUGUAACCACUGUAUCAAUCCAUGUCAUUGACAGUCUCCCU